AUGAACUCAGAUGGAUUUGUUAGCUUUAUGCUCGAAAAAGAUGAUUCUUAUUAAUUUUAACCUACUGAAAAUUAAUUUAAAAUAAAUAAUGACGAUGAUUUUUAUAGAUAAUUAAGUUAAGAGUUUUACGCUCAAGAAAACUAAUAAUACUAUUUCAAAAACAAAAAUAAACUAAUUAAAACAAUUGAUUCCCUUAAAUUUAAGUAAAAAUAUCAUUUCUAAACAAGUGAUACAAAAAAAUCAUAGUACUCCUUUACCAAGUAAUAAUAAUCAUAAUAAAUAAUACAAUAAGUAAUAUAAUUAUUUAUUAUUAUUAUAGAAGAUCUAUAAACUAUUUACUAAAUAAACUCCAUCUCAAUAGACUUAACAAAAAUAACUUGAUAGAUCUCUUUAAAAAACUAGAAAUCUCAACGAUAUUAGUCAAUAAUUUACUUUUAAACUAGAUCUUUCAAAAACUUAAAAAAACUUACAUAGACCAUCUCCUUAAAAUAGCUAAAGAUUCAAAUUGAUAGAUGAAGAUUAUUAAGGAUUUUAAUAACAACUUUCUCAUCGAAAUACUUUAAAUAGUUGUGAUAAAAAUAUGAAAAAAUAAGAUAAAAUCUCUGAUAUCUAUUAUCCACUAAAAAUAAAUGUUUACAAAGGUUAAGGAGUUGGAAAUUUAUUUCAAUUAUCAUUUAAAAGCAAAUAAUGA